GUAUGAAAUGAAAACCGCAGAUUAUUUCCCAUUAUUUAUCGGCACUUCGUCUUCCUCCAUCGGUGAUGAAGUCUGUAGUCUCUCUACCGGCGAUGAUGUCCGCAGCAGCAGCACCUCCAUUGGCGAAUUUCACGGCCACAACUGCUUCACGGCCUACAGCCCCCUCGAUCCAGUGUAACUUGCUGUUCUAUGUUAGACAUCACGUUUACUCUCAUAAGAAGUAUUCCAAAAAUGGAAUUACCAUUAAGUAUAGAGAUCUCCUGAAGCACAUCAGACCAGAAAAGGGAUAUUCUUCAACGAGUGUUCGAGGCACCAUUUAUUGUUCAAAUCAGAAGGAAAGAAAUGUUGGCUUGCCUUCUGAUCAUAUCGCAGUUGGUGCAAAAGUGAUUUAUGCUGCUGCUCCUGCAAUGGGUCAUAAUCAGGUUCCUACAGUGCAAGGAUCCUUAAUCAAAGAAUCACAUCCAGAAUGCAACUCUAGAGUUCCUGCAAUUUUGACAGCUUUGGAAAAGAUGAAACUAACUUCAAAGGCUAUGGAUCAAGCUUCAGAGAAAGGUCUAAUUUUCAUUGAUGGAUCUGGACCCACAUAUGCUACUGCCACAACGUUCCAAGAGUCGUUAUUGGCAGCUGGAGCUGGGAUUUCCUUGGUUGAUUCAGUGGUUGCAGCAUCCAGAGUAAGCAAAGAUCCUCCUGUCGCUUUUGCACUAAUUCGACCUCCUGGUCACCAUGCUGUUCCAAAGGGGGCCAUGGGCUUUUGUGUGUUUGGAAAUAUUGCUAUUGCUGCUCGUUAUGCUCAAAGAAUGCAUGGAUUGAAACGUGUUUUUAUCAUAGACUUUGAUGUUCAUCAUGGAAAUGGAACCAAUGAUGCCUUCUACGAGGACCCAGAUAUAUUUUUCCUUUCAACUCACCAAGCUGGAAGUUAUCCAGGGACUGGUAAGAUAGAUCAAAUUGGUAGUGGAAAUGGUGAAGGAUUAACACUAAAUCUCCCUUUACCUGGAGGAUCAGGUGAUACAGCAAUGCGAACAGUUUUUGAUGAAGUUAUUGUACCAUGUGCUCAAAGGUUCAAGCCAGAUAUAAUCCUUGUUUCAGCUGGGUAUGAUGCCCAUCUGUUGGAUCCACUUGCCAGCUUACAGUUCACAACAGGAACAUAUUACAUGCUAGCCUCCAGCAUUAAGCAACUUGCAGAAGAUUUGUGUGGGGGACGUUGCGUGUUUUUCUUAGAAGGGGGAUAUAAUCUCAGUUCUCUGUCAAAUUCAGUUGCAGAAUCAUUGCGUGCUUUUCUUGGGGAUUGGAGCUUGGCUUCAGAGCUAGACGAUCCAUCCUAUUUGCACGAAGAACCAUUGAAGAAGGUGAAGCAGAUUAUUGAAAAAGUGAAGCAUAUACAUUCCUUUUGAAAGCUUAUAUUGACAGUGGUCUAGAAUUAUUAUACAGCUUUGUAUAGGACACCAUGACUUUUCUAUAAUUUGUAUACACCUUUGUUUAGUAUAUAUGAUAUAAAUUAUAUUAAUGUUGUAAAUUCGUAACAAAAUUUGUUAAAAGUACAAGCUAAAAUUGAUGA